AUUGGCAUUCCCACGUCGAGAACUGCCUGCCUCAAGGCCGUCAUGGCGCACAAGACCGUGAUCCUCUACCCUUCGCUGGGAGUCGGCCACCUGAACCCCAUGGUGGAGCUGGCCAAGGUCUUCCUCCGCCGCGGCAUGGCCGUCGUCAUGGCCAUCGUCGACUCGCCCGACAAGGACUCUGUGUCGGCCGAGGCGCUGGCCCGCCUCGCCGCCGCCAACCCGGACAUCGCGUUCCGCCACCUCCCCGUCCCGUCCCGCGGCACGGAACGUUGCUCUACUAACCCGGUCAUGCGCGCCAUCGACGUGCUCCGCGCCGCCAACCCCGCGCUCCUGGGCUUCCUGCGCGCGCUACCCGCCGUCGACGCCCUCGUGCUCGACAUGUUCUGCACGGACGCGCUCGACGUCGCCGCCGAGCUCGGCGUCCCGGCGUACAUCUUCUUCUCCUCCGCGCUAGGCGACCUUGCUGUCAUGCUCCACCUGCCGUACUACUACCCUACGGCCCCGUCCUCGUUCAAGGACACGCCGGAGACGGUGCUGCACUUCCCCGGCGUGCCACCGAUCCGCGCGCUCGACAUGGGUGCGACGAUGCAGGACCGGGACAGCGACGUCGCCAAGGCACGCCUGUCCCAGUGCGCGCGCAUGCUCGAAGCGAGGGGCAUUCUCGUGAACAGCUUCGACUGGCUGGAGGCACGGGCCCUGGAAGCGCUCAGCCGUGGCCUCUGCACGCCGGGGCGCUCAGCUCCGCCAGUCCACUGCAUCGGGCCGCUGGUCCUCGCUGGAAACAAGGGAGGGGCCAGCGAGAGGCACGCUUGUCUGGAAUGGCUGGACGCCCAGCCGGACCGGAGCGUUGUUUUCCUCAGCUUCGGCAGCCUGGGGAGGUUCUCGAUGCCGCAGCUGAGAGAGAUAGCACGUGGACUGGAGAACUCCGGGCAGAGGUUCCUGUGGGUCGUCCGGAGCCCGCCUGAGCACCGGAGCAACUCCGUGGAGCCGGACCUGGACCUGGAGCCGUUGCUUCCCGAGGGUUUCUUGGAGCGUACUAGGGAAAGGGGCUUCGCGGUGAAGAACUGGGCGCCGCAGAGCGAGGUGCUACGGCACCUUUCCAUCGGUGCCUUCGUGACGCACUGCGGGUGGAACUCGGCGCUAGAGGGAAUUGCGUCUGGCGUGCCGAUGAUCUGCUGGCCGUUGUACGCGGAGCAGAAGAUGAAUAAGGUGCACAUGGUGGAGGAGUUGAAGGUUGGCGUGGUGAUGGAGGGGUACGAGGAGGAGCUGGUAAAGGCGGAGGAGGUGGAAGCAAAGGUGAGGCUGGUGAUGGCGCCCGGAUCUGGCGACGGAGAGGAGCUUAGGCAGAGGCUCGUGACGGCCAAGGAUAUGGCUGUGGAGGUUCUCAAGGAAGGCGGCUCAUCUCACGUGGCGUUUGACGCGUUCUUGACAGACUUGCUGAAGAACACCCGUACGGAGAAAAGUGGCUUCUUGUGAGGUGCAACGGCUAUCUGUAUUCCAGAUUAUCGAAGAGCAUUGAUUAGGAGACGACCGCUGUUCUACCAUCAAUUCCGUAGCUCAAGCGACCUUGUUAAGAACAUAAUCACAAUUUUUAGGUUAUAAAGUUAGACGUGAUCGACCUAGAGCCUGUUCGUUUGGCUUUAAUAUGUACCUACUACUUAUACAACGUUUUGUCUUUAUAGAUUACACGUUACAUCGUCACUUGUUCUACUCGAAUGUAAAUUGAGAAAUGACAUGUACUAAUGCUCGGGUUGUAUACGUGUUCAUUGUUUAUCUGGUGUUUCCACAAUAGAAACUACUGAGACAUUAUCAUUCAU